AUGCCAUCUAAAUACUAUGAAUUAGUCCAAAAUUUAAAAGACCAAGAUAUUCUUAACCGUUUUCAAGAAAUUAUUCCACUUCCAGACAGACCAAAUUCCAAAGCUAGUAAUGUCUCGAAUUUAUCAAAUAAAGAAAAGAAAGCUAUGGAAGGUCAUGAUGAGGAACAAAUUAAAUUGAUGAAUGAAAAUUGUAUUAUUAUCGAUUGGAAUGAUAACGUUAUUGGCACUUCUACGAAGAAAACGUGCCAUUUGAUGGAUAAUAUAGACGGUGGAUUAUUACAUAGAGCCUUUUCAUGUUUUAUUUUCAAUGAUAAGAAGGAAUUACUUUUACAACAACGUGCUAAGGAGAAAAUUACGUUUCCUUUGUUAUGGACCAACACUUGUUGUUCUCAUCCAUUAUCUAUCGAUUCGGAAAUUGGUUCUGUUGAUAAUUCUAGUCUAAUUGAGAACGUCAACGGUGUCACUAAUGCAUGCAUUAGAAAAUUAGAACACGAACUGGGUAUACCAGAAUUUGAAACUGAAAAUUUUGGUAAAUUCCAUUUCCUCAACAGAAUUCAUUAUAUGGCACCAUGUAAUGAUCCUGAAAACCAUUGGGGUGAACAUGAAAUAGAUUAUAUUCUAAUUUAUAAAGUAAAUCCAGGUAAAUCGAUCACCGUUAAACCAAAUUUAAAUGAGGUAGAAGAUUACAAAUGGGUUGAUCUUGACACCUUUAAGAAAAUGUUAAACGAUUCUGAAAACUUCGAUUUUACACCUUGGUUCAAAAUUAUCUGUGAAAAUUAUUUAUUCCAAUGGUGGCAACAACUUGACAAUCUAUCAAAUGUUGAAAAUGAUGAAAAAAUUUACAGAAUGCUUUAA